AUGAACGAGCAUUACUCGUCCAAUGAACUACAACAACAACACUAUGUACAAUCUAGGACAGACUACGAUCAAUAUAGCAUUCAGCAGAAAAAUGAUCUUCUCCGCUCAUUAGCACAAAAUCCUAACAUGCUAAAUGAUUUCUUCCAAUUUCUGGAAUAUACACGUGCUCGUAGUAUACAACAAUCCUGUCUACCAGUAUAUAAUAACCUUAGGAAUCAAAAUCAACAUCAAAUUCCAUCGCUUCUUAACCUUGAAGUAGAUAACCAGUAUAAGUCAUCAACUCCCAAACGGGGUAGACCUCUAAACGAUAGUAAUGGAUCUAUCAGUACGAUACCCAAACAACAAAAAACAAGUCAAUAUAACCCCAUACCAACAGAGGUUAUGACAACGACAGAUCAACAGAUACGAAAACCACUUCCCUUCGUUCAAUUAAAACGAGCUGUAUCUUCCAAUUUACCCUGCUUUUUCAUUGAAUUUGAACAAUCAAUAACUUCACAUCAGCUUCCAUCAGCAUUUGAAGCUAGAAAUAUCGUUGAAAAGCAUUUCAAAGACCUCAAUGUUACUGUUCAGCAGUUCUCACUAGUCGGUUGGUCCGGUAAACGAUUGAAACUGGGAGUGAACAAUAAAAAAGAUUACAUGACGUUAGUAACGACAGAAAAAUGGCCAACGACAGUCAAAAAUAUACCAGUGAAAAUUAUUAAACCAAAUUAUGUUCCUGACUGUUUUGCCUUAGUUGUUCGAUACGUACCACGUGAUUUAGAAAUAGAAAUUGUGAAAGAAGAAAUCAAUCGUACUAUUACAUCAGCAGAUAAUAUUAAACAAAUCCAUUAUGCAUAUGUACGAAGAACUAAUGACUAUCGGUUCACGGUAACAGAUUUAACAGAAUAUAAUUCAGCGCUCGAAUUGGGUCGUAUCUCCAUUUGUAAUCACUGGCUAUCAAUCACACCAUUUUUAUCUGGAAACCGUAUGACUUAUUGUACAAAAUGCUGGCGUAUCGGACACGUACGUGAUCAAUGCAAAACAAAUAUACAACGAUGUCGUGUUUGUCUAGAANUAAACGAUUCAGAAUAA